ACGUAAAUGUCAACUGUCAAACACAAAAACGAAAAAAGCAGAGUGAUAACGAUUUUCUUUCUGCCAUUUCUCAAAAAUACUUGCUGCGAAGAGUGUUUUAAAUUGUUGGUCAAUUAUUGGAUCUAACGUUAAAUAAUACUUCUCCGUAUAAAAAUAUGGAAUCUAAAAUUUUACAUAGUAGCUUGUCUAUUAGAUAACAGUGUAGAUAAACCGUAAAAUCUGGAAAAUAUAACGAUGGAGAUGGAUGAAGACGAACAUGUCGGCGCAAAUGGUGAUCAUUUCGUUCACCGCUUGAAAGAGUUGACGGCUGAAGAGAAACAACACUUAGAGCAUCAAAAUUCACGUAUAGUUCCUGAAAUUAAAGCAAUCAAAUUAGAGAAAGACGCCAAACGACACUGGGAUAUUUUCUACAAGAGAAAUGAAACAAAAUUCUUUCGUGACCGGCAUUGGACAACACGUGAGUUUCAGGAACUUAUUAACUUCGAUUCUGAUGAGCGCAUAACUUAUUUAGAACUUGGCUGUGGUGUUGGAAAUAUGGUAUUUCCAUUGGUCGAAGAAGGCUUUUCGAACUUUUACUUCUACGCAUGUGAUUUCUCCCCACGUGCUGUUGAAUUUGUAAAACAAAAUAAGUUGUACGAUGAAAGCCGAAUGAAAGCAUUUUGUGCCGAUUUGACUACGGACAAUUUAUUUGACAAUGUGGCUGAGAGUAGCGUGGAUAUUGCGAGUCUUAUUUUUGUAUUAUCGGCCAUUCAUCCCGAGAAAUGGAUGCACGUAGUAAAGGUAGCGUUUAGGGCGUUGCGGCCCGGGGGCGUGCUAUUAUUCCGAGAUUAUGGUAGAUACGAUAUGGCACAGCUACGUUUCAAACCUGGACAUAAGAUAUCUGAUAAUUUUUAUAUGCGGCAAGAUGGCACGAGGAGUUAUUACUUCACGGAAGAGGAGCUUUCUGCACUAUUUGCAGACGCUGGCUUUGAAAUAAUCAUGAACACAUAUGUCCAACGGAGAACUGUUAACUUCAAAGAAGGAAUUGACGUGCCUCGCAUCUUUGUCCAAGGGAAAUAUAGAAAACCAGUUACAUGAUGGAUAUUUGACCAUGCUGUGAAAGUAACUUAAUUAUCCAGUGUUAAAGACAACUGGUUUUGUGUACAGUCAAUGUCUGUGACUGCGGUCGCUCUAGCAGGCAAGCGAAGCUGUUAUACAGUGAUUGUAUACAUGGUGUGAUGUUGGUAAGCCGUAAAAUACUUCACAGACAAGAAAACACUUUUUUUAAGAAUAAAAAACUUGACAAUUUAUGUCUGGAUAUGAAUGUUGAUAGUAACAAAUGAUGAUCCAAUUCAAAAAUUCUGUUUAAACCAUGUAUAACAAGCCAUAAUAAAGUUUAAUGAAGAUGCAGUUCAUAAUAAAACCUGCAAUGAUUCUUCAAACAUGGAUCAUCAUAGAUUGUUUGCCAGUCCAGAUUUGUCAAAGAUAUGAUAUUGAGAAGAAUUGGAAAAGGAUACUAUCCUAGUAUGAUGUGGAUCAAUAAAUUGGAAAUAAAUCCCCCAUAUGUAAUAACAAUUAUAUUCUUGAGGAAAUCUGCUAAAAUAACAAUAUUGCUUUACAAAUUAUGCAAGAAAAACAAGAGUAUGUGAAGAUGGAUAUAUUUUGAAAUGUAGAAUAAUUUCAAGUAUUCAUGAUUGCGAGUAAUAUAAAAAAAGUAAAUCACAGCCAAAAUUACUAUUAGUAAAUUGCGAUGAGCGUUCCCGAAUGUGCAAGAUCCACUUUUCAUUAUUGUGCCAGUUGAUUGCGUCGACGCGUCGCCAAAACUGCAUAGACAGCAAUGUUACAUUUUGAAUCAAAUAAAUUUUGAUAAAAAAUUAAA